GAUCGAUUGCUUUAGUCUGGCGAAUGGAACAGUUUCUGUUCCUGACGUUUAUUGUGCUGCUCGACUUUUGGUGUAAAAUAUUAAAUAAUGGCACAGCCUCCACCAAAACCAUGGGAAAGGCGAAUCCCUGGAACCAUAACUGGACCAUUAAACUAUCGCUCUACUGACUUUGGAUCAGCAUCACAUAGUGGGCCAUCAAUGUCUGGUCCUCCACUUCUAACACGUGUGGCACCACCCAUCCCUCCAAGAUCCGUCCAACAGGCAUACCGCCCUACAUACAGCUCAUUGCCCUCCUCAUAUAGCCCUUAUGGGAGCUCCAUGUAUGGGGGGGGUUACAGCCCCUACAGCUACAGUGGUUAUGGAGUUGGAGGUGGCCUGGGUUAUAACCGUUAUAACUUAGGGGACGACGUCCCACCCAGCCGUUUUGUCCAGCAGGCGGAGGAGAGCAGCCGCGGAGCGUUUCAGUCCAUUGAGAGCAUUGUCCACGCCUUCUCGUCGGUCAGCAUGAUGAUGGACGCUACUUUCUCUGCUGUCUAUAACAGCUUUCGCGCUGUUCUGGAUGUGGCCAAUCACUUCUCCCGCUUACGCAUACAUUUCACAAAAGUGCUGUCUGCUUUCGCCCUAGUUAGGACCCUUAGAUACCUAUAUCGCAGGCUGCAGAGGCUGCUGGGAUUGCGUCGGGAUUCAGAGGUGGACGAUUUGUGGGCUGACAGUGCAGCCUCCUCUGUGGUGUCUGCUUCAGGAACCAGAGGUGCAGGGAUUGAUGACCCCAGAGUGAAUUCUGUCAAAUCAUGGCCCAUUUUCUUGUUUUUUGCUGUCGUUCUUGGAGGGCCGUAUUUGAUCUGGAGGCUUUUGAGGUCUGCCGAGGGUCCUGAAGAAAAUGCCACUAACUGGGCAAGUGGGGAGGAUGACCAUGUAGUAGCACGAGCUGAGUAUGACUUCACAGCUUCGUCUGAGGAAGAGAUCUCUCUACAGGCUGGAGACAUGCUUAAUCUUGCCCCUAAAGAACAACAGCCCAGGGUGCGUGGCUGGCUGUUAGCCAGUGUGGAUGGGCAGAUCACUGGCCUCGUCCCUGCCAACUACGUUAAAGUGUUGGGUCGGAGGAGAGGCAGAAAGCAUGUAGAAUUAGAGAGGAUGGCACAGGCCCAGCAUGUGGCACAGAACCUUCCAGCACCUCAAAUUGCCCUGGCUACAGUUUCUCUUCCCAACUCCAGGCUGGCUGUCCCUACCACGUCACAUCCAGAUGAUCUGCUGGAGUCUGUUUACGGAGAGACACAAGGCCUUCAUGCUGCCCUGGAGGUGCAACCUUCCACAAACAUUAGCAGUGAUACUGUAGUGAUCACCUCAGAAAAGAUGGACUUAUGAAUAGUGCGUGUGUGUGUGUGUGUUUGUGUUGGUGGGAGCUAAGAGAAAAAGUGUAUCCUUCAUUAGAAUGUAUCACCCUCUAUAUAAAUUGGUCCAACAGCUAAAAAAAGGAGAGGAACAAAUGAAAAAUGAAGGUAUUGAAAGGGAGGUGAAUAGUCUUAUACCUUUAUAAUGUAUCAUUUGAACUGCAUAAUUUCACAAAUUUCAGUAGACUGUUAGGCUCAAAGCCAUUACUAAUGUUUUUUUUUCCUAUAACAAAUGGUGGAUAUUUCAACAUUACAGUUUGUAAGUUUGUGUUAAUAAAACCCAUUAAUUUAUUUAGAAGAAUAAUGGAUACAAUUUGUAAUGAUAUGCUUGCUUUAAGCAUAAAAUGUUACAAAUAUGUUGUCAUUCAUGUAUACACAUUUAAUGCAUCUGAUUAGUUUAAAUUAUGAGUUCUUAUAUCAAUCUAAAUUUGUAAUAGUGUUUCUUGUGAAUUUCAUUAUGGGAAUUCUCUCACUCUCCAAUGUGAGAGUUUUAGAUUGCUGUUCAUCUUUCUUCAAUGUUGUGAAUAUUUAAUAUUUUCUUUUUAAGCUGUUGUCUCAAGGAUUAGUUUGUGCAUUUCUGUGUGUUUUCAGGCUUGUUUGUUUUCUCAUACUGCUACUCAAUGUGCAAUUAUGUAAAUACAAGCAAUUAUUUUGCCAGUAAAUACUUAAAAAAUAAUUAUAUCCUGUAAUUUUCAGUUGUAUAAUAGUUCCAACAUUUCUAAGAUUACAGAAUUACUGAUUGACAUUCAGCUGGUUAAGAAAUUGAAUUUGGAAAUUAAUAAAAAUGUGUUACACAAU